AUGGCCGCGCCACCGUCAAAGGAGAAGAUAGCUUUUAUGAAAGCUCACAGUGACGAAAGCCUCGUGCCAGAUAUAAUUAUUUGUGUCUCUAUUUGCGGUAUCGCAUCUAUUGUAUUCAUUCUUCUGCGUCUCUAUUCGCAGUAUCUUGUAUCGCGCAAGUUCCGUUUAACACAAAGCGAUAUUCUACUAUUGAUAGGUUGGGUCUUCUAUGCGCAAUUCAGCAUCGGGCUAGGCAUGAUAACCAAAUACGGAGGAGGGCGUCACGUUAUCCUGGUUACGGACAUGCGCUUGCUUAAUACUUGGAAAAUCGUCGAUGAAGUAUCAUAUUCCACGUCUUUAGGAUUCCUAAAACUCGGCAUUCUUAGGUUAUAUGGCAACAUCUUCCCAUCGAGAAGGUUCCAUGGAUUCCUAUGGGUAUUCGCCUUGGUGCUCAUUGGUUUUCACAUAGCAUCAAUUCUCGUCAACAUCCUCGAAUGCAUUCCCAUCCAGUAUUAUUGGGAUGUCACAAUGAAAGAGGGUUUCUGUUUAAAUUACGGAUUGUAUAUGCUUCUUACCGGAGUUAUCAAUAUAAUUAACGAUUUUAUCAUAUUAUUUUCUCCUAUCCCAAUGGUUUUACAUCUCCACACCUCCAAGCAGAAAAAGAGACUCCUGAUUUUCACCUUCGGUAUGGGUGGAAGCGCCUGUAUCGUCUCUAUUGUUCGCCUUGCAUUCUCCUUGGAUUUUGACACAACUGGUGAUCCUAGCUAUGAUAACAUACGUAUGAGCCUUCUUUCACUUAUUGAGCUUAUGGCUGGCAUUCUUGCUACAUCAAUACCGACAUACUGGCCAUUAUUUCGACACAUUAUGGCAAUAUGCAGACCGUCUUCGAUUAAUUCACCAACCUAUAUCGAUAGCAAGGAUAGCAAGUGGAACAGCGGUGGCAGUAUUCACCCUAGUCCUCAAAUAAGUGCUGGCGUUUCGGCUGGGCAGCUUGAAAGCAGUAUUUCUGGUAUAAAUGUGACGAGACACGUUGAGCUUGCUAGAUAUACUAAUAUGGGAGGUAAUUGGAUUAGAGUUCCCGAUGAUAUCCGUAAAGGAUGGAAAUAG